AUGGUCAUUGUGCAACUUGCCACAAGCAGCCAAAUACCAAGUGAAUAUAUUGAAACAAGCGAACUCAACCCUUACAUAGCCAACACACAAGAUCCUUAUAUCACUGCCUAUUUAAAACCUGAUAUUCUACCUUUGACAUUGGUCGUCGGUGAUGGGAAGGAGUACAACUCUGAAAAAGUAAAAUACAUCAAUCAACCUCUCAAACAAAAUUCAAAUUAUGUCGUGUUCCUGAGAUUUUACGCAAGCCAGGUAUAAGUAAUGAACGCCUUGUUGUAUUUUUAAUGUUUUUACAGAUCCUUAUAGGACAAUCUCUUCAAAAAAAGUUACUAGUAUGUUCUUAGCUCGUCUUUAAUUUUUUGGCGCCAAAGUCGGCGCGUAAUUUUCCCGCCAAAAUUAACAAAAUCGAAAAAGAAAAAACAUACGAUUUUUAGGGAUGUUAAGUUCUAUCCUGUGAGGGAGUUUUGUGAUAUUCCAAACUAACGACAGAAAGUUAUAUGUACGUGGCCAAAUUUGCUGUCUUUUUUACCCAUCGUGAUUAGAGUAACUCCGUAAUGUAGAUAUAUCAUUGAAUAAAGAGACAGCAUGUGCACACUAAUUAAAAUACUUUUAUACUAGAUAAAACUACGUAACCAUAAUUGUUUGCCUAGGAGUCUUACUACUCGACAGAAUGGAGCAACAGUGUCAAAACUAUGCCAAACCUUCCAGGUAUGUUAUUUCGUUUACUGCAGAAAUUAGUAUACCUCACGUCCUAUGUAUAAAUUUUGGACAUAAUUACAGGUACACUGUCAUCCAUAUCAACUAGCCAUGCAUUCAGAAACGAUUCCCAAUCAUUAGUGCGUUUUGGACAUCUUUUGUUAUUUUUCAGUUUUGCUUUGAGGAAUUCGAAAUUAUGACGUUAAUUUUUGUAGCUACAUAGCAAAGGUAUCGUUUUUUACUAUUAGGCCCAAUCAGUGUUGCAGUCCUAAACGUUAAACAGUUUUAACAAGCACGGUGUUUUCCAGAAAAAAACAUUUAUACUUCUCACCAUGCAAACCUAGAAGUUAUUUUCUACUCUUUUCUAGUGGAAUAUUUGCGUGAUAGUAAAACAACAGAACUUUCAUCUGGAAACAAGAAAACUCGCAUGGAUCUGAUAAUACCGCUGGUUCUUUUAGUCCUAUGUUUCCUCCUAUCACUUGGUGUGAUCAUAUACCAACGACGACGUUUUCAAAGUUACAAUAAAAACUCGGGACAUGAAUCCCACACAUUAAGACAAACAGAGCAAGCGGAAAAUUUCGGUACGUACAUAAUUAUUCCCCUUAAGGUGUCUAGCUUAAAGAUUUUCUGAUUUGGAUAUGAUUUUGGAUAUUUCUGUGGAAUUAUUAUUUGUUAAAAACAAAUAGUAUCUGAGUUGUAUAACACAAUAACUAAGGAGUUCGGAAUUUUUUUAAAAAGGACUCUUAACUGCCGUUGGAUCGCGAUAAUGACAUCACAACAUGGCGGUUAUUUUAUGUUUAAAGUGAUUUAACUCGAAAAAACUUUGGUGAUCCCCAUUUUUUGUUUUAUAAAAUGAUUUCGUUUGGUACUUUAAAUUAUUUUAAUGAUUUUAAAUAAAUUCUAUCAUGACAAAAAAAUUUUCCCCUCUUGAAACAUUUCGGCAUGACAGGAUUUUUUUUAAAUCAUGAAAAUAAUUCAAAAUACCAAAAUAAAUCAUUUUAUGAAAUAAAAAAUGGGGGUCACUGAAGUUUUUUGCGAGUUAAAUUCAGUGAACUGUAAGACAACUGGAACGGUAACUUGGCCGCCAUCUUUGAAGCUACGCAUGAUGGCCGCCAUGUAGGUAUGGAGUGGAAAAUACACCGCCUAAAAGAUGUCUGUUUUCGACCACUAAAUAGCUGUAUUUCAACAAGGAAAAAAGCUAAAAACUUUCAACAAUACCUGAAAUUUAAUACAAAACAUGUUUCCAGAACGUAGAGCAGUUAUAAAGUUCUUUUUUCAGUUGUCAAAGUGCGAAUUUUUUUUCGGCAGGUUCAAACUUGUGCAAUAUUUUGAAUAGAAAACUGUUACCCAGGACGUUUUUGCUGCUAGUGGAUAUAAAAUACUUAAAACUAUCCACGAAACCAGUUUUGAACUUUCAAAAGCGGCCGCCUAGUGUAAAAUAUCCUUUUUCUGCGUAUUUUGCUUAAAAACAAAGUUUCGCGUAAAUUUAACUCUCCCCAGUCCUUUCUUAAAAGUCAGAGUGUAAACAAAAUCGUAAAAAGAUCUCAAAAAGUCGCAGAAAAACAUUUUAUCUUGGUUUUAAAAAACUAAUCAUGCCCAUUGCUUGUGUAAUAGCUAGUUGUUACAACAAGGCGAAAAAAUACAAAAAGGGUAAAAAACCUAAAUAAAGUUACAAAAACAGAGGUCGCAUUUCACAGGUGAGGAUUUUCUAGUUAUAUUGUAACAAAAAUACAAUGUUCACUUCAAAAAUACAUAUAAUAUAAAUACACACACAAAAUAAGUAUACUUCAAAAUAACAAAUUUACAAGAAUUUGUAAUUAUUGACUGGUAAGAAGACUGAUUUAACCCAUUAAGUUGCACUGCACUCUCAUUGUACUGUACAUUAUUAUUUUACUCUAAUGCUAGACAGUUUUACUCAUUGAUGGGAGAGUGCUGGCACUCAAUACAGUAGAUUAAACUAUUCAUUGGCAGGACUCUACCACUGACGAGUAAAAUAGUCUGAUGUACGUAGACAGAGUAAAUACUAAAGUAGGGUGCAUUGCCAGUCAGCGGGUUAAUAAGAAACAUUGGCAGAUAGGUUUGUUAACCCAUUCCCUGGCAGGACUCUAACACUGACGAGUAAAAUCGUCUGGCAUUAGACAGAAUAAAUACUAAAAUCGGAUGCAUUUGGGCACAUUGCCAGCCAAUGGGUUAACAAUAAAUAUGAUAAAGUUACAAAGCUCUAUUAUAUUGGAUAAAAGUCUAUUCCGUGCCCAUAGUACAUGAUAUUCAACACAAGAACAAUUCAAAUUUUGCAAGAAUAAUUUGUAUAUAUGGAAUUUGAUAUAAACACAUUUAGAUUUCCUUUAAACAACCCACCAGUUCUUGAAAAGUGGGAGGAGGCAGUGAGGGAUGCAAACAACCGUCCAGAGUGGAAGGCAACAAAGUAUAGCCAUGUCUGCAGCAACCAUUUUCAUCAUCGGGAGUAUAUCAUUCCACCAUCUGAUAAUGGAACCUGCAGAUUGAAGAAUAAUGCUGUGCCAACUACAUUCCAUAAACCCAUCAGAUCUAACUACGGCAUAUCCAGGACUGCACGCAGACGGAUGAAGACCCCGUGCGAUUGUCAGCCAUUGACGUCAGUAGACAAAGUUAACCUCGACCAUGCAUACUGCAAGAAAUCAGAACCUGCAGAAGACCAGAACACUGGGAGACCAGUCCUAGAAGACAAAUUAAAAAGAAAGAUUAAAAGUCUACAGCAGCAGUUACGACGGACUAAGGCAAAGCAACAAACCAUGGCAGAUAUUAUCCAUGAACUGCAACAAAAAUUUAUUUUAACAUCUGACGAUGCUGAAAAUAUGCAUUCAAAACUUGAUAAAAUCCAACUUUCAAUCUUCAGAGAUACUAAAAAUAAUGUUAGCUGUGCCCCCAAUGGUAGAAGGUAUACAGAAAUUGUUAAAGAAUUUGUAACAACACUAAAUUAUUACUCACCCAAAACAUAUCAGUAUGUGAGAUCAAUCCUUCCAUUGCCACAUCCAUCUAUAAUAAGAAAAUGGUCAAGUAUCUUAGAAUGUGAGCCCGGGUUCAUCAAAGAAGCUUUCGAAUCUCUCCAAAAAGAUGCCAUGAGUUUUCCUGAGAAGCAAGAUUGCUGUCUUAUUAUUGACGCCAUGUCCACAAGCAAGCAAACCUUGUGGGAUUCACAACAAGACAAGUAUGUAGGCUUAGUGAACUAUGGAACUGUACCAACAGAAAAGCCAGAUAUACUUGCAUCCGAAGCAGUUGUCUUUCUAUUUGUGGUAGCACGAAGUCACUGGAAAUGUCCAAUUGGAUAUUUUCUUGCUGACAAAAUGUUAGGAAAAACACAAGCACAACUUGUUCGAAUAGCACUGGAAAUGGCUGCAGAAGCAGGGCUUCGACUGUGGUCCAUAACAACAAAUGGCAUCACCGUUAAUAUUACCAUGUUCCGAGAGCUUGGCUGCAAUUUCACAACAUCCUACGACUCAAUGGUAACGAAAUUCAAACAUCCAACCGAAAACUACUAUGUUUAUGCUAUCCUUGAUUCAUGUCAUAUGUUAAAACUCGCAAGAAAUCCACUUGCCCACCUGACAUGUUUUGUUGAUGAAGAAAACAAACUUAUUAAAUGGAACUUUUUUACAUCACUGAACACUAUUCAGGAAAGUGAAGGGUUUACCCUUGCAAACAAGUUGUCCUCAAAACACUUGAAAUUUGAGAGACACAAAAUAAAUGUGAAAUUGGCUGCACAAACACUGAGUUCUUCAGUUGCAGAUGCAAUUGAAUUUUUAGAAGCUUCCAUGAAACUGAAACAAUUUCAAGACUCUGCUGGAACAGUCAAAUUUGUAAGAACAAUAGACCGUCUAUUUGACAUCCUCAAUUCCCGUAAUCCUUUAGGACGAGGAUUUAAGCAGCCCCUUCGACCUGAAAGCAUAG